AUGGACAGACUGAUCUGGAAAUUUUCAAAGACUGGAGCAUAUACGGUGAAAACAGGAUAUGCAAGGGCAAGGCAGGGGGAAAAUCAGAUUAGUCGAAACCAAACAUACAAUGCUGAGUCAAGUUGGGAAGUUAGAAAACGUACGGUGUGGAAGAAUCUGUGGCACCAAAAGGUAAAGGCCAAGCCGAAACAUUUCAUGUGGAAAUGCUUGCAAAAUUGUUUACCAACCAAUGAAGUAAUUUUCAAAAGGAUUGGAAAAGGUGAGGGAAGAUGCAGCUGCUGCGGAGAAGGCAUAGAAACCAUAGAACACUUACUCUUUUUUUGUGUGAAUGCGAGGGAGGUUUGGAAAUUGGCACCGGUUAGCUGGGAUGGAUUAGUAGACAAACAACACAAUUUCUGGCUAUGGUGGGAGGAAGCCAAUAAAGCUACUUCAAAGGAAUGUGGACCUGACCGAGUGAACCUCACCAUUAAUCUGUUUUGGCAAAUCUGGAAAGCACGAAACAGAAGAGUUUUUGACAAUGAAAUCCAGAAUUCACCCAACAUUGUCUCCAAGGCGCAAGUGGAAUGGCUGGAAUAUGAGCAUGCAAGGGAGGAAGAAAAGGAGCAGACUGCAAUGGCAAACAUCAAGGAGCAUCAAAUGCGUGGCCAAACAGCAGGGGAUGAUGACGUUUGCUUAUUCACGGAUGCGGCGAUAUCAUCAAGGAUGAUCAGGACGGGUCAAGGCAUUGUUGCAAGAAAAUGGAACGGAAUGAUCAUGAAAGCGAAGGCAAUAGUCAAUCAAUAUAAGGGGGAACCAAGUAAAGAAGAAGCUUUAGCAAUUAGGAAUGCAAUGCUGAUGGCUAAAUAG